GUGCCCGGAGAAUGUGGGGGGACACGGGGGUGUCCGGGGACCCCGCAGGGCCCGGGCUCUCGGGGGGCUCUCGGGGGGCGCUGGGGUGCCCCAGAGCUGGGGUGCGGUGACACGGGGGUGGCCGGGCGCUCAGACGGGCAGGGCAGCACACCGGGCACCUGGGCUGGCCACGGGGUGCCCAGGGAAGGUGGGGGGCCAGUGGGGUGCCCGGGGGUGCGGAGGAGCGGUGGGGUGCCCACGGGACACGCAGAGCCCUGGGGUGCCCAGGGGAGCAGUGGGUGCCCUGCAGCCAUCCCGCGGGGCGGUGGCAGUGCCAGUGCCGCUGGGAGGGGCUCGGGGACAGGGGGGCCGUGCUGGGGGGACCGGAGCUCUGGGGGGGCUGAAGCUGGCCGCGGAGGCGGUGCCGGGGCUGCCCUGCUCGCCCGUCCCUCCGCGCGUGGCCCGCACACCGCGGGGCAGCCCGGCCGGGGCACCGGGGCAGCGGCGGACACCGGGCCCGCGCGGGGACAGUGCCACCGGGGGUGCCGGGGGUGCCGGUACCGGCGGCUGCCCGGCUCUGCGGGUGCCGUGAGUCAGCACACGGCGUGCGGGAGAGAUGCGUGAUCCGGCCCCGCUCCCGCCAGGCAGCCGGUGAGCCCGGGCCCGAGCGGGCUGGUGACACUGCUGGUGACACGGCCGGUGGCACGGCGGGACCAUGCAGGCGGAGGCCAGAGGGGAAUUCUGCAGCCGGGACCAGCGCCCCGAGCUUGGCAAGGAGCCCCUGGUCCCGGAGCGCCCCGCAGGGACCCCCACCCACGGGCCGGCCCAGGAGACCCCCCGAGUCCCCGCGGAGGAGCAGGGUGGCAUCCCCAUCCCCAGCGCCGGCCUGCUGCAGGUCACCGAGCGCCGACAGCCCCUGAGCAGCGUGUCCUCGCUGGAGGUGCACUUCGACCUGCUGGACCUGACCGAGCUGACGGACAUGUCGGACCAGGAGCUGGCCGAGGUCUUCGCCGACUCCGACGAGGAGAACGCGGCUGCAGAGACGCCCGGCGGGCUGCAGCCGCCGGCGGCCCCGCGGGCCGGGUACCUGCGCUCGCCCUCCUGGAGCCGCGCCCGGGAGCAGGGCCGGGACAAGAAGCACCUGAGUGACCCCGAGCUGCCGCCGGGACCCCCGGGACCCCCCGACGCCUUCCUGCCCGCCGAGCGCCCGCGGGAGCCGUAGGGACAGAACCCGCCGCGGGACACCGGGACA